AUUUUGAGUCACGAGGCAAAAUGGAAUGUGGUGGUGGAUAUGAAAACAUAACCUGACCCAAGAUCUGUCACUGCUACUUUCUAAAGAGAGCAUUUCUAAUAUUCCACCACGUUUGUAUCGGUAAAGAAUUCAACGAAAUAUCCACCACCAACAACACACCCCACUCUCAAUGGAAAAGUUGAUUGAUAACAACCGGCGCGACCGGUGCAAUAAAACACAUUAAUUCUCUCCCCAACCCACCGCCGAAGCAUUUCUAAACGAAAGUGUAAAAAGAACCCAUGACGUGUGCAAGAGAGGGAGAGAGGAACAACCUUUUGUUUGUGGAUAAAAUGCACUUGCAGUGGCCAGAUACAGAAAUAGAAAAGUGGCACGAGACUUAGUAGUCAAACAUCAGCCCGUGACGUUGUAACACAAAACAAAUUAAAAAAAUAUACAAAAUUCGUGUUUUUUGUGUUGGAAAAAAACUAGUGUAUAUAUUUAACGUUUUAUUUGUCUGUGUGGAUCUGUCAAAACAAAUUACCCAAAAAUGUCAUCAAAUAUUGACAUAAUGUUCCAUUAUUUUCUCAAAAUUCGCAAGAAGUAUCCCAAUAUUGAUAAUGAUUUGGAAACAAUUUUGAGACCUCUACGUCAUCCACGUGAUGCCAUGUGUAUGGCUGAUAUUAAAGAAAGUUACAGACAGCUGACUGGUGAAAAAUUUCCAAUGCGCUGUGGUUCGCUAGGUGUGGGCGAGUUUCUCCUAACAAUACCUUAUGUGGCAUGCUACUGCAACGAAAACGGAACCCUAAUGUUCUAUUCUGUGGAUGGAUUCUAAUUAGAAAAAUAGUGAAAUUUACAUCGAUUAUGUACAUAUAUUCAAAUAUUUUA